CAAAAAAUAUUUUAUUUCUCGUCUCUCUUAUAAGGAAUUCUUCAAAAUUUCAAUUCUCCUCGUCUCUCUUUCAAGAACCAGAUCGUUUCAUUGUCAUUAUUAGCUGAUAAACCAUGGGGGGUGGAAAAGAUAAACAUGAUGAAUCUGACAAAGGUUUAUUCUCGCAUCUGGCUCAUGGCGUUGCUCAUGGAGCUGGAUAUCCUCCUCCUGGGGGAUAUCCUCCGCCUGGAGGCUAUCCACCACCUGGAGGGUAUCCCCCACCUGGAGGGUAUCCUCCAUCUCAUGGCUAUCCACCCCAAGGAUAUCCCCCCGCCCAAGGUUACCCCCCAGCUGGCUAUCCUCCUGGUGCAUAUCCUGGACCCUCUGCUCCACACCAUUCAGGUCACGGUGUAGCAGGAAUGCUGGCUGGUGGUGCUGCCGCUGCAGCAGCUGCAUAUGGAGCUCACCAUGUCGCCCAUGGUGCUGGUCAUUACCCCCACGGCGUUGCUCAAUAUGGUCAUGGUCAUGGUCAUGGUCAUGGUGGAAAAUUCAAGCACCAUGGAAAGUUCAAGCAGGGGAAGUUUGGGAAGCACAAACAUGGGAAGCAUGGUGGUGGCAAAUUCAAGAAGUGGAAGUGAUUUUUCUGCCAUCACAUUUCACCACCGACCCUUCUUCUUCAAUGGCUUUCAAGAAUGGCCUCGGUACAGAUGGUAGGGUACCAUCUUCUUCUCUAAUCUCUGUUAUGUCUAGAGAACUUUGGAUGUUGUUAUUUUACUCUUGUUAUCUUAACUGCUGUUUAAUGCCUUCUCUUCUCUGCUUCUGGACAUCAAUAAUCUGGAUAUUUUCUCGUUUUCUUGU